AUGGCGAGCUCACAGGACCACACAAUCAACAUCCUCCUCGCGACCUUCGCUGGACUUGGACUCCCCCGAACCCUAUCGCUGCCCACAAAGUCUUCGACCACCGUCAGCGAUGUCUACACCACAAUCCUGUCACGGCUCCCACCCGUCCAGGACGACCUUAUCCUCACCACCGUCUCAAACAAGCAACUCCUUCCUCACAAUGAAGAUCCAGUCUCCACCCUGCUCUCUUCCAGCCAUGACACCAUCCUGUCCCUCCGCCUCUCCCGCAAAUUAUGCGGCGGCAAAGGCGGUUUCGGCUCCCAACUUCGCGCCGCCGGAGGCCGCAUGAGCAGUCGCAAGAACCGCAACUCUAACGUCAACCCCAAUGGCAGCAAUCGCAACUUGGACGGUCGAAGGCUCCGAACUGUCGAUGAGGCGAAGAAGCUGGCAGAGUAUCUUGCUAUUAAGCCAGAUAUGGAGAAGAAGGAGAAGGAAGAGAGGAAGAGGAGGUGGGAGGCUGUUGUCGAGGCGGCGGAGAAAAGGGAAACCGAGAUGAAGGAUAAGAAUGGAGCACGGGGAAGGUUGGAUGCGGAGUGGGUUGAGGGGAAGGAGGGGGCGGAGGAGAAGGUUAGGGAGGCGGUGAUGAGGGCGAUGAGGGAGCAGAUUGAGGUGGAUGGGAAGGAGGAGAGAACGGGGAGUGAGACGGACGAGGAGGAUGUUGGGGAAGAGAGCUCCGUAUCAGGUUCAGGGUCUGGUGAAAACCUUCAAGUCGAUGGUGCUGCGGGGAGGAGUUUCUUCGGAUGGGAUGAAGAAGAGGACGACAGUUCUGAGGACGACGAAGAGGAAGAUGCUGUCCCGGAGCAGCAAGAGCCGCCGAAGUACGAGGGCAAAGGCAAGGCUCGAGCCAGUUAG